AUGUCAUUUAGGUGUCGUAAUUUUCAGCCAAAUAAUAAAAAUAAAUACGAAAUGGAUCCUCUUCCCUUAAUACCAGAAAACCCUGUCAGUCAUGAAGUUACUCCUAUAUUAAGAAGAACCCUUCAGGACACCUUGAAUGGAGAAAUUUAUCCGAAACAAAUCGCCGAGCAGUUCGUAAAGGAUGUUAAAGAGGACGAACCAGCAUUUAAGCAUAAUGCUAAACGAGUUUUGGAGAUACACGAACGUGCCCAAGAGAUCACGGCCAAAACCCAAUUAGCAGCUGCUGACAUAAUGUAUCAAAACGCCUUAUAUUUGAUACAAAAGGACAAACUGGACUGCUCCUUUGAACUCAGAGAAAGGAUCAAAUUGGAGCGUUGUCGACUUUUCAAACGAUUAGAAGCCGAAUUUGUUUUGGAGUUUAAUUUGAUUAAAUCUUCGGAUUUGCUUCCUGACAUGAUUCAUCGAUAUUUAGAUUUUAGAAAUCAUGAACACACCAUUUGUCCUGGCUGUAUCGAAAAAAUAAAAACAAAGGACAACAAACAGAGGAAAAACCUACAAAUUAAGAAAAAUUUACAAUCUGACACAGUGACAAUCAUCAAAAAACCAAGUUUUCACGUAGAUCCUAAAUGUGUAAUUUUUCACAACUACGAUAUAAGCGAAAUUUACAAAAGAAACGUCAAAAUAAUCAACACUAGUGGUACAACACAGUCAAUAGCUAUAAGAAGCUUGCCGGAAACUUCAUAUUUCUCAGCUAUGAUAAUAAACAACCAACGAUUAGCACCUGGAAUGAGUGUGGUCCUUACUAUAACGUUCAAACCGAAAAUUUUCAGAAACAUCGAAGACAGAGUUGUCUUAAAGAACAAAGACGGAGAAAUGUUUGAGCUAAUUCUAAGCUGUACGCGUGACCUACCAAAACUGAUAACUUGUAUCUUCAAAUCGAACAGCAACCUUUUGGAUAGAUGCGAUCCAGAUAGUAAUCAUUUCGUCGAAAAACGAAGAGAAGCCCUGAACUCCACCAUAGAUUGCGGCAGUUGCCUAGUUAGUCAGUACGUUUUGAUUUCAAUAGUUCUAGAAAACAAAGGCAACGACGGCAAGUUUUUUAUCAUUACCGAGGACGAUUGGUUUUUUCAAAAUGUAGAAACCGUUUCUACUUGCAUGGAACUGUUCAAAGGCCCAUUCUGGAUCUAUCCGACUUACUUCGAAAUUUGUAGCGAAGAAAUCGUAGAAGUUAACAUAAUAUUCCAGCCGACCAAGCCGGGUUUACAAGUAGAAACGUUGUAUUUAAUAUGCAACAACAACGCCUUCCAACAAAUCGAAUUAGUAGGAGAUGCUUUGGAGUUUUCUAAAAGCUACAUAGAAAUUGAUAUACCUCCUAAGGAUUCAGUUAUAAAUAAGAAAAAGGACUAUUGUGUUUAUUUUGGAAACGUCAGAAACGGUAUGACACAAACUUUGGUUGUUUUAAUUCGUAAUAAAAAGGUAAGAUUAUUGACGUGCGAAUGGAAAUUUACCAACAGAAUAUUGGAAGGUCUCCAAAAUAUCAAAGAGAAUUGGAUAUUGCAGAGAAACUACCACAACGAAAUUGGCCCCUUACGGGGCUAUCGAAUACGAAUUUAA